CAGGCGGGGCGGCGGGAGCCGGGCCCCCAGGCGGAGCGGCGGGCACCGGGCCCCCAGGAGGGGCGACAGGCAUCGGGCCCCCAGACGGAGCGGCGGGCGCCGGGCCCCCAGGCGGAGCGGCGGGCCCCCAGGAGGGGCGGCAGGCACCGGGCCCCCAGGAGGAGCGACAGGUGCCGGGCCCCCAGGCGGAGCGGCGGGCGCCGGACCCCCAGGCGGGACGGCAGGCACCGGGCCCCCAGGCGGAGCGGCGGGCACCGGGUCAUCAGGCACGACAACGGGCAUUGGGUCACCAGGCAUUGGAUCGUCUGGCUCGACAGCGGGCAUCGGGUCACCAGGCAUCAGGUCAUUUGGAUCGACAGCGGGCACCGGGUCAUCUGGCGUUGGAUCGUCUGGCUCGACAGCGGGCAUCGGGUCACCAGGCAUGAGAGGGGCACUGGGUCACCAGGCAUCAGAUCAUUUGGCUCGCCAGCGGGCACCGCGUCAUCUGGCAAGGCAGUGGGCACUGAGUCACCAGGCACGACAGUGGGCUUCGAGUCAACUGGCAUGACCGUGGGCACUGGGUCAGACAUUGGAUCGUCUGGCCCGACAGCGGGC